AUGUAUCAUCUCAUUUGCUGUCUCAUCAUCGUAAUAUCGUGUUCGUCGAUGGCGCUGGCGCUGUUCACCCAAUCAGCUGGCGUGAAAGGCGUUCUAAUGUGCGGCGACAGGCCACUAUCCAACACUAAAGUAAAACUUUACGAUGAUGACUCUGGACCGGAUCUUGACGACCUCAUGGCGGAGGGUACUACAGAUUCGAUGGGACAAUUCCUACUCUACGGCCAUACAUCGGAAAUCAUGACAAUCGAUCCGAAAUUGAAUAUCUAUCACGACUGUGAUGACUCACUUAAGCCAUGUCAGCGCAAAGUCACCUUUCACAUACCGAAAUCUUUCGUCUCUUCCGGCGAACAUCCGAAGACGUUCUUCAACAUUGGUCGAAUUAACAUGCAAAUACAAUUCGAAUCGGAAGAAAGAGAUUGUCUGCAUAGGUGA